AGGCAGAAGUUAAAAGAAAUGCUUCACCUGCUGACUUGGGUUCUACUAUUCACACCAGCUUUUCAGGCUGCAGAGAAAUCCUGCUCGGAAAGGCCAGAUGUAACUGCCUUGAAAAAUUGUUGCAAGCUGCCUAAUCUGGAUUUCUCAAGCUAUAAUUCCAAGUGCGGUCAGUUUUUGAUUAAUGGGGUUCAUGUAACACCAUGCAGCUUUGAUUGCAUUUUCAAAGCGGCAAAUGCUAUAAACGGCACAAGUUUGGUGAUGGAAAACGUGGAAAAGAUGAUGCGAUCUAUUAUGGACUCUGAUGAAUUUUUACAGGUCUAUAUGGGCGGUUUCAAGACCUGUGCUGCUCAGGAGCAGGUUAUGAUUAAGUCCUUGAAACGUCGCCGAGUGCCCGUCACUGGAAGAUGUGCCUCCAUGUCCUUGAUGUACGGCCUGUGUGCCCAUCGGUAUUUCUAUCGCAAUUGCCCGGAAAGUGUUUGGAGCAAGACUGCCGGCUGCAAUGAGGCCAGGGAGUACAACAUUCGUUGCGACGCUUUCUAA